AUGUUACUUUAAAUCUGUGUUCUGGCAAUCGCUCUUUCAUUAUCCUUGGCCUAAGAAGAUUCAGAAUAUGAACUAAAGACUAAGUCGAAACGUUAAACAUAUGAUGACCCAGAUCCUUAUAGAAACCUGAUUUAGUGGUUGAAGGAUGGCAAAGCAGAAGUCUCUAAAGUGUAAAUCGAAGUCAAGAGCGAAGGUUAUAGGACACUCAGGGCAUCUCAAUUUAUUCGUUAAGGAGAGUGGGUACUCUUCAUUCCUCGCACUCACUAUCUUUCAUUGGAGGAAGUCAAGAAGAGUUGUCUCAUCAACAGAAAGAUGAUUCAACUCAACUACAUCCCCAACAACAUCCAGACCUACUUUGUUAAUCACUUACUUCAGGAGAAUAGAAGACAAAAUUCCUUUUGGAAACCCUACAUCGACGUGUUGCCAAAAGACGUGAGUGGAUUUCCAACCUACUUUGAUGCAGAGUAAGAUGCACUACUGAAGGGAUCCCCAACUCUAUUCACAGUCAUGAAUCAAAGAAAAAUAUUCAGAGAGGAAUACGAUAAUCUGAAGGAGGCCGUGAAAGAAUUCUAAAGAUACGGAUAUACCUACAAUGAUUUCAUUAAAUUCAGAAUUCUCACCAUAUCUCGUAGUUUCCCUGUCUACAUAGGUGAGAAUGAAUAACAGUAAUUAUUGGUUCCUUUGGCUGACUUCGUCAAUCACGACAAUAAUGGAUUUCUGUAAUAUGGGUAUUCUCCAGAUGCAGAUGGAUUCUUUAUGUAGGCAGUCAGAAAUAUUUAAAAAGGAGAAGAACUAUUUUAUAAUUACGGUCAAUGGUCAAACAAAUACUUUUUUAUGAAUUACGGUUUUGCCAGUCUGACAAAUCCAAUGAAUCAAUUUGACUUUGAUGUUUGUUUGGAUAGAAAUGACAGGUUGUUCAAUCUCAAAGUCGAUUUGACUGGAGGAAACAUCUGUUGGGGAAAUAGACUAGUCAAUGAAACUGAUCACGACACUUUCAGACAAGCAUUGGCUACUGUCAGAUUUGCUUAAAUAUCUAAAUUGGAUGAUUUCUUAUAAUUGGAGGAAGAUGUUGAAAACUACAAUUAAUUUUGGCCAGGAUGGCACACUACACCAAAAACUAUUGCCUUAGAAAAGGCUACAUUCAAGGCCUUUAAAGAAUUACUAGUUUCUGAAUUGGCUAAUUUUGCUAGUUCUAUUGAAGAUGAUCAAAGAAGAUUGAAUGAUCCUUCCACUCCGGAGUUUAGAAGACAUAUCAUUAUGUUGACUAUGAGGGAAAAGUAAAUCAUUAAGAAGAACAUUGAAGUUUGUGAUAUGAUGUUGUCUGUUAUUGAUAAGACUUCAGAAUAAUUAAAGGAUUUAAUGAGAUAUUACAAUUACAGAGAAAUAGCACGAUUUGUAAAUAGCGAAAUCAUUCCAAUGAAAUUAGAAGAAGAAGGACUUGCAUGAUUAAUAUAAUGUUUAAUAAAUAUAUAUAUUACCAUUAAAA